AUGUCUUCUAAAGUGUGUGGUGUAAUUAAUGUGAUCGAUAAUUACCUUUACAAUGGUCCGAAUAACCCAGGAAAAUAUAAAUUUAAUCCUAUAUUCAAUGCGUAUUGCCCUAAUAAACAAUCUGAUAGUAAUGAACAAACACUUAGCUGUGCUUUUAUAACAUUGCUAGCUUUACUUAAGGAUAUUGUUGAUAAGGAAAAUUUAGGGAGUGAUAAACUUGCUGAAUACGCUAUUUUAUGGUUAAGUUACAAACUAAAUCAAAAGUCACAUCACAACAACAACGAUUUAGAUAAUUUUUUUGUUCAAUAUAUAAAUAAUAAUGAAAAGUAUAGUGAGGAAAUAACUGAUGGUAGUGAUUAUAAGAGUUAUAAUGAUCUUAUAAAUAAAAAAAAAAAUUUGAUGAGUUUGGAUAUUAAUAUUAUAUCUAGUUUUUAUGAUACAUUUAAAUCAUUAUGUAACAUGUAUAGUGAAAUUGAUCUAGAAAAAAAACAAUGCAAUAAAUGUUUUGAAAAUGGUGAAGAAUUUUUUGAAAAAUAUGAAAAACUUAAAAAAUUUUCUGGUAUUAAUGAAAGAGGCCCUUAUUCUCAAAUAUUGUCUAGUUUAUUAGAUGAUUAUGAAAAAUUUGAAAAUAAAUAUAAAAGUCUUAAAUGUAGCAAUAUUUCACCACUUGUAGCUUGUCCACGAAGUUCAGUAACAAAAAAUACACUAAUUACAAUUGCAAUUAUGUUUGUUGCAGCAUCAAUUUUAUUGGGAGUUUCUUAUAAGUAUUCGUUAUUUGGAUUUCGGAAACGACCUCAAAAACAACAUUUAAGAAAAAAGCUAAAAAAAUAA